UUACCGUUGCUAAGCAACACGAACACCUGAACGCUAGCUAGAAAAAUGCUAACGACGGGCCAAAGCACCGAUAGCUUGGACUGUUUACACAGCUAAAACAACAGAAAUGCGUCCGUUUAACAAAGCCAAGUGAAAGAGUACGAUAAAAGCGAGUGGUAAAUUUGUCGACAUAUAGUUUGUUAUCGACACCUGGCACUUGAGAAACACAGCUUUCAAACGGCUUCGUUUGAGCCAGGUGACAGGUGGCAUUUUCUUCAUCCACUAAUUUGUUACUGUGGUGUCCAACCAAAGGAAAGUACCCGCUCAUCAGCAGCAAGUAUUGCAGCAUUGAAUGACUUGGAUGAUACCCAGCAAGAUGCAGGACUCUGGUACUACAGCCUAAUGAAUGACAUAGGUGAUGAAUGUUCUGCCCCUGCUAGAGGAACCUUGAGCUCCAGGGAUAAUUCCCCCGACAAUGCACAGGCCUCAAGCUUGGAUGCCUUACUCCAUGAGAUCCAAGAGCUUCGGGAGAACCUCGUCAAAUCUGAAGAAUCCUUUGAAAGCUUUAGAGCUUACUACCAACGAGAAUACUCAGUAAUCUGGGCAGCUGUGCAAGAGGAUAAAUGGAGGCGUGACCUUUUAGAAGAGCAGCUCAGUGACUUGACAGAACUGUAUCAGAAUGAACUUUCAAACUUGAAGGAGGAACUAGCCAGCCUGGAGGAUAAGAUCGCUUAUCGGUCUUAUGACACUGCAGCAGAUUUUCAUGAGGCGCUGGGGGCUUGUCAGAUGCGUCUCUUCAAGAUGGAGCAGCAGCAACAGCAGCAGCAUGAGAGUUUGGAGAAUGCUACAGUACAGAUAGCACUGGAAAACCUGAUAAAUGCGCUGCUAGCUGUUAUGGCGGGCCUCUUAAUGUUUGUGUCUACAAUAGCCAACUGUGUUGCCCCUUUGAUAAAAACAUCUGUCCGAGUGUUUUUUACAGCGUUACUUUCAGUCUUUUUCUUUUUCCUGUGGAGGCACUGGGAUGUAAUUUCAGAGUAUGUCCGUUUAUUCAUCGCUCACACUGAAAAGGGAAAAAAAUAAAAUUGUUGGCAUUUUCAUUGAC